AUGGCAGAGGCGAACGGAAAUGGAUCGUCUGCGGUCGGUCACGAGUCGAUCAACACAGAUAUCGUCACUCUCACAAGGUUCUUGACUGAAGAGCAGACGAAACACCCAGAAGCUACCGGUGAUUUUACUCUUCUUUGCCACGCCCUCCAAUUCUCUUUCAAAUCUAUUGCCUACUACAUCCGACGCGCUAGCCUGAUCAACCUCACUGGCCUUGCUGGGUCUUCGAACACCACGGGUGAUGACCAAAAGAAACUGGAUGUCAUCGGAAACGAUCUCUUUGUUGCUUCCAUGCGUGAGGAGGAAGACGAAGCUAUUAUAUUUAAUGAAUGCAAGAAUGCCCGCUAUGCUGUUGUCUGCGACCCAAUCGAUGGCUCGUCGAACCUUGACGCCGGUGUCUCCGUUGGUACCAUCUUCGGCAUCUUCAAACUGUCGGAUGAAGUCCUCGCAGAAAACUACACCGUCUCCGCAAAGGACAUCCUCAAACCAGGGUCUGAGCUUGUGGCCUCUGGGUUUACAAUGUACGGCGCCUCGGCCCAACUUGUCAUCACUAUGCGAGGAGGCACCGUCAAUGGGUUCACUUUGGAGAACUCCCUCGGCGAAUUCAUCCUAACCCACCCUAAUAUGCGUCUUCCCGCUAAACGCGCCAUCUACAGUGUCAACGAAGGCAACUCCAUGUACUGGGAGGAAUGGGUCAAGCAAUAUUUCCACGACCUGAAAUUCCCACCAAGCGGUGGUAAACCGCACAGUUCCCGCUACAUCGGCAGCAUGGUUGCCGAUGCCUACAGAACCCUCCUCUACGGAGGAAUCUUUGCCUACCCAGCUGAUUCUAAGAGCCCCAAGGGGAAGCUUCGAAUUCUGUAUGAGUGUGCGCCCAUGGCUAUGAUCUUCGAAAACGCCGGAGGCCAAGCGAUCAACUCGCAGAUGCAGCGACUUCUCGAGAUUAUUCCCGAAUCUAUCCAUGAUAGAAGCGGCAUUUUCAUGGGCAGCUACGAUGAAGUCCAGAAGGUCAUUGACACACACAAAAAGUUCGCCAACUAA